AUGGAUCUGUUGUUAGCAGAAAAUUCUUCUCUGAAAAUUUGGUAUUUUCUGAAAAAUAGGAAGAGAAGUUGUAGUGUUCAUGAAAUAAAUAAAAGUAGGCAUGUACAUGGUGAAUUUCAUCACCUGUAUGAAGAACUAAGGCAGCAUCCCGAGAAGUUUAAGUCUUAUUUCCGAAUGAGUAUUGUAACCUUUGAUUAUAUUGUGAAGAAAAUUCAGCAUAAGUUAGUAAAAAGUUGGACCAACUUUAAUUGUAACCCUAUUAGCCCAACAGAACGAGUUUUUGGCAACGGGAUCAUCUUUUAA